AUGCCCAGAGAGGCAGGAAGCAGGGCCAGCCAGGGGGACUCGGGAGCGGCUGCACUUUCCUGUCCCCCGCCGAGGAGAGCGGAGGAGCAGCGGCCCGUGGCCUGGCGAGUUUCCCCGGAGAGGAGCCGGAUUCCGCUGCAGGGACGGAGCGAGGAGUCCGAGGUGCAGGAGGCGGGGGGGGGGGGCAGGAGGGGGAGGAGAGCACGUGCGCCUGGCAGGAUCAGGCCCCGACUCCAGCCAGAGGCUGCAGGGCGCCCCCCCCAACCGGGCAGGAAGGGGAAGGGGCGCAGCUGAGGGGCAGGGCAUCUGCAGGAGGGCACAGGGGCAAACAUCUCUGGCUCAGGCUGGCACGGACCCUGCCGGAGACCCUGGGGAGCUGCUCCCUUCAGUCCUGAGCUCAAGGGGCAGAAUGAGGGGUCCAAGGCAGCUGCUGCUCCGCGAUGGACGAUGCAUAUAGUCGUCCCAUGAUCAGCGGCGUCGUUGGGGCUUUUGCCUCCCGGGGCGGUCACUGAGUCUGCCGCCCCUCUCCCUGUCCCUCACCCGUCCUCCCUCCGCCCCGACUGUCCUUCCCUCUCGCCUGCUUCUGCCUCCCUGCGGGGGCUGCAAGGGCGAUGAGUGGGUUCCUGGGGCCGCAGCACAGGCACAAGCUCACGCUCUCCCACCGGCGGAGAGGGAAGGGGAGGCAGGGGGGAAUGGAAGAGCAGUGCAACAGGGAGGUGUCCCUCUCACCCUGCAGCCCCCUGACACCCUUUGCAGGCCACUACUCCUGCCCCCCCUCCUCUGCCAGUGCCAUUGAUAAACCUAUCGCCCUCCUUGGUGAAUUGGUCUGAUCGCCUUUGAAAGCUCUCUUUGCCACCACCAUCGUCGCAUCUUGUGGCAAUAAUGUCCAUCAGAUUCAUUUAGCAAGGAAAUGUUUUCUUUUGCCUGUCCCAAAUCAAGGUACGCUGUGCCUACACAUGGAGGCUCUGUUGUUCUGUCACGGCUAAUAAAACAGCUCAUAGAUCUUUUCCCUGGAGAAUGCAUCUGAUCUUUCCCCAAACUAUCAAAGCUAGUGACCUCUUGUGUCUGCGUGUGAAUAAGUGUGACAGGCAUAAGCCUGUCUCAUUAAUUGUUUUAUUUCCACCUUCCUCAGUAAUACAGCUGAGUUUUCAGAUGAAGGCUGAGGGUUGAAGUGGGUGACAGUUUUGAGAAUGCAGGGGAAAGGAGGAUUCUUAAGAAGUGUGGCAUAUGGAAAUGAAUUAAUGAUAAUAAAAACGUUGAAGACAGUAUUGUGAAAGACUGAGGAAGGCGAAAUUGAAAUUAGCUAUUCAUGUUCAGAUUAUUACUCCUUUCAUUUCUAUACUGCUUCAUAUUUUUAAGAAAAAAAUCUAAUUAGUAAUUAGAGAGAAAUCUGAUUGCAAUUUGUGUCCAUUGGAUGUUGAGAACAUUUACUCUGUAGAUCCAGGAGUUCUCUCCUCUUGAUAGUCUCAGAUUUGAUUGUUCUUUCUGAUAGAGCAGAAGGAACGAAACAUUUAUGGGCUUAAAGCUGCAUUGAUUCUGGAGGCCACAUUCCAGUGAGCUUUGUGGCCAACGUAUGCACAUGCAUGCGCACACAGAAAAGAGAUGCAGACCAUAAAGUCACAUGCCCACACGCCAGAGGUGCUGCACAAACUCACCAGACAUGCCAUCUAGCAUACAUACAAGUCUUGCAAACACAAUCAGCAUGUUUAGACCUUCCAACCCCAGUUCUGGGGUGGGGAAAAAUAAGAGCACAAGAAGACCCUUCUGAAUUAGCAAGGAGAUCUGUGGAAAAAAGACCCUUCAGAUUGUUCUUUAGAAAUCCUCUUUAAAGAGCAGCCAGAGGGAUCAUUUAUUUUCCUUUUGCCCCAUUUCAGCACUGUGCUGGUUUGUGCUGAAAUUGGAGUUGAAAAGAUCUCUCUAAGGGCCCCUUAGGCAUCUUUCUCUCCGGGACAGACAGAGAUCUUCAUCCUAUGAUCAGAUCAGGAGAUGGAAAUGGCAGGGACUAGCAGGACACACCCUGAGGCUUGGCAAGCCAUAUGCAGCCAAUGGACUGCAAGUUAGAAUAUCUUCAGUAAAGAGUUUGUGACCAUCAAAUAUAAAAUAUUUUGGAGUGGGUUGUUUGAUUUUGUUGGUCAAUAUUCCUUUUGCCUCUUUGUUUCUUAGACUGUGCAGAUACCAUACAUUUAAAGCACGUGGCUUCCCCCAGAGAACCACAGGACCUGUAGUUUAUUGCUAGAGUUCUCAACACCCCUAACAAACUGCAGCUGGCAGGAUUUCUUGGGUGAAGCCAUGUACUUUAAAUAUUAGCUGGGUCUGUUGCAGCCUUAUUCAUAUACAAAGAUCUGUUGCUGCCUUUCCAACAUGCUAGAAGUUGCAGCCAGGAUCAGCAUUCCCUGUCCACUUAACAGGCUCAGUCCUCUCACUGGGUUGUUUUUGGAUUUCCCUCCCUCUGCCUUGGUUCCCCCCCCCCCCAAAUAUUAUUUGUACUUCCAUAAACCUUGAUGUUUCCCCCAGUCUUUGGAUAACUUCCCCUUCUCCCUGGGAGGAGCCGUUUGGGUGACAUAAUGAUUGUCAUUCACAGCCUGAACAUUAGAAAUAGAAAGAGUAAUAAUAUAUUUCAAAAACUGGCAAAUGGUUAAAAAAUGGACUUUUGUUUUUAUUCUUGGGUUUUAUUUUACUUUGUGUUUAUUUCUUUUCCAGGAGGGUGGCGUAAAAAUGGAAGAGCAGGGACCCAGGAGACCCAUUCAAAGGGAGAGACUGAAGUACAAAGGAAAGAAACCUCCUACCGGCCAAGUUGGGACCAUCAGGGAUCUUCUGCCUCGGGCAGAUUUAUGUCAGAUUAAGCAGGAGCCAGAGGAGGGGCAGCCGCAGCAGCACUGGGAGGCCCAGAAGCAGGAUUUCCUGAAGACGAUGCAGCCCCCUCGUUCAGGGUGGGAAACCCCACAGGCUCCCUGUCCUCCCCACUCCGGGGAUGGUGUCCUCUCCUUCAGGGGAGCUGCGGAUGCCAGUGGGAAAGCAGGGGGAGCAGACCAGACCCUGCUCCCAGACACUGAGGGGCUUCUGGGAAAGGUAAGUGCCCUCCUCUCACCUGGGUUUCCAGCACCUGGAGGUCACAGGUCCACUGCCUCUCGACAGCUAUGGUGGUGGUUAUUCCUCCUCCCUGCACUUUCUCUCUAAUCCACUUUAAAAAGGCUUGCUAGACCAAACUUUCUUACACAUGGGAGGUUUGCGAUCAUAUCUCCUGAUGUUCUUACUUUACUUAAACAGCUGCAGGGGACUCUGAAUUUUAUCAGAGCAGAAGCUACGUCAGAAGAGGUGAUCUGCCACCAAUCCUCAUUUUCCUCCUCUAAAUUGCCUUCAUUUCCAAAAUGCUCUUUUCUCCCCACUGAGGUAAAUCUCUUUGCAUGUCUUGCAGCCUCAGCGAUCCCAUGUGUACUUGCAUUAAAUAACACUGGCCUAUUUUGCAAGGUUGUUACAAGAUUUAUUAGGAUAAUGGUCAGGUUCAGGUGACUGAAUCACAGCCUGAAAAUCUGGGUUAAAAAUAGGAACAGUUAUUAAUGCAUUGCUGCAGCAAAGAUACGAUACAACCUAAGUUGACUCAAGAUUAAAACCAAAAACUCUAGCCACCACCGCAGUCUCCUGGCCCCCACAACCAGAAUGCAUCACUCCAUGAAGGACCCCCACCCAACCUUUAGUGAGAGAGGGCAAAAGAAAAAGACUCUAAAUGGGUAGUUGCACAAAUUUACCAGGUGUGGUCCUGCACUGACAGCAAGGCUAACAAACAGGGGAGCUGGGAAUGUGCUGGUCCCAUCUCUCCCUGCAUCUGCCUCCUGACCUAAUUGUCCCAGCUUAUCUCAUGAUUGGGCCGGCCCUGAUUUGGAACUGUGAUGAAACCAGGCAAUAUCUUAUGAGCCAUAGGUAACAAACCUUCCAUUUUGCCCAAACCAGGAAACUGCAGCUGGCAGCUUUGGAAUAAGCUGGGAUAUUAAGCUAACUUCAAAAUCUGCUUGGUCAAAACAGGAAUCUCUGGUUGAUCAGUGGCUUCGUGGUUUGACUGUUCCCACUGAUAGCAGUAAAAAUAGGAAGCCCUGUUGCAUUCAAAGGGGUUGUUUGGACAGAGUCUCUGAUCAGCAUGCCAAUCAGGACAGGCUUAAAAAGGUAAAGGACCCCUGACCAUUAGGUCCAGUCGUGGCCGACUCUGGGGUUGUGGAGCUCAUCUCGCUUUACUGGCCGAGGGAGCCGUCGUACACUUUUCGGGUCAUGUGGCCAGCAUGACUAAGCCGCUUCUUGCGAACCAGAGCAGUGCACGGGAACGCUGCUUACCUUUCUGUCAAAGCGGUACCUAUUUAUCUACUUGCACUUUGAUGUGCUUUCGAACUGCUAGGUUGGCAGGAGCAGGGACCGAGAAACGGGAGCUCACCCCGUCACAGGGAUGCAAACCGCCGACCUUCUGAUCGGCAAGUCCUAGGCUCUGUGGUUUAACCCACAGUGCCACCCACGUCCCACGAUAGGCUUAGGAAGCAAUUAUUAUUAUUAUUAUUAUUAUUAUUACUUUCUUCCUGCCUAUCUGACUGGGUUACCUCUGCCCAUCUGGGUAGCUUCCAACAAUAUAAAAACAAGCAAAAAUUUCCCUGUAAAAGGCUGCCUUCGGAAGUCUUCCAUUUCGUAGAAAUGGCCUUCAGUUUUAAAGAAUCGCCCUCUUUAAGGAAUCACGUGGUGUAAACAUGUAUGUUGUCCUCUAGAUCCAAACACACACAGACACACACAUAGUAGGAGCAAGCAGUGCUCCAAAGUGCUUAUCUUGCGAACUUGCCGUCUAAGUUGUUUACUCCUGACCAAAGUUCCUGUUUCCCAAAAGGACAGGAGGGGGAGCAGAGGAGGAAACGGAUGGGUUUGAAGGCUCUUUCUGCCUCUCUCCCCUGAGAAACAAGAGCAAAGGGUGUUUGCAGGGCAGGAGGACAGAGGAAGAGGCAGCGAGGGCAGAGGGAGCAGUGGGCGGAUCCCCCGCCUCUCCCAAGGGGUCCAGAUGCAAGCAAGGGGCUUCCUUCUUCUCUCUGCAAGGGCUACCCAUGUAUUCAGAGCAGUCCUUUGCAGAUUAACUUUUAAGUUCCCAGGAAUCUACUCUCAGGCCACUAAUGUGCAUACCAUGCCAGCCUUAGGAAGGGAGGUGGGACAGGGAGGUGAAAAGAAUUGCCAAAGGUGUUUGAAAAUGCACCUUGGGAAGGGGGUGCCCUUGGGAAGGGGGUGCCCAAUUGGGGCUUCUCCAGGGGCAGUAGAAUGUCUUGGGCAGGAGAAUCCCUGCAGGGGCUCUCAGACUCCCUUGGCUUCUUCUUCCCUCCCUCCCAGGAAGCUGCAACUUGCUCUGGAUUCUGCACUCCUCAGGAAGCUGAACCUGCAAACCUAGCUGAGACUGAACCUGCAACCCUGGCCAGGAUGGAAGGAGGAAGAUGGACGGGUGACCUGGUCAGGCUCUCUCCCGCAUCCCUCCCCACAAACUCUGAGCAUUCCCUCCCAGGACCCUUGGAGAAAUCUGGUGAGUUCCAGGGGAGAGGAGAUGGGGAGAGGGAUAGAUGGAUGGUGGAGGGAGAAAGAGGAAAAGAUGGAGAGGAGACAAAUGGAAGGAAGUUCCUGACAGGAAGAAGGAAGGGGUGAGGCCUUCUCCGAAGCAGCUCUUUGUUUCUUGAAUCCUUUUCCUAAAGUAGUGGGGGCAGAUUUUCUUCCUCCAGGCUUUGAAAUCUUAGGUGUUAUUUCCACGGUGGGAAUAAUUGAUGAUAAUGAUGUUGCACACCAAUCCUAAAAAAUGGGUGAAGGGGAACAGAAAUGCUUCACAUAAUUAUUUAUAAUUAAUGUAUUUAAAUUGUUUCUAUUACUCUUAUUUUUUAUAGACAGGGUCAGAAUGAUAAAUUCUACCAGCAUCAAAACACAAUAAAUGCAUGCACCUCCCCAGUUUGGUGGGGUUAAGGGACAAAGGACCAGUUAUCAUAAUACAGGAUUCCUGUAACUGGAGGCCCUACACUUAGGAUUGGGUAUAUAAAGUACAAGAGCGGAUGGUAUUAUAAGGAAAUUGUGUAAAUCUUACAGACUGGGGUUGUUUGUGAGAGUGAGUGAGUGGGAUAAUAAUUUUAGCGCCCCUGUGUAAUGGCUUGGUUCUCCCGCACAGACGCGAAACAACUCCAGUAGUAAUUAUCUCAGGCUUAAUGCUCAAACUCAUAAAUCACUGUGGAGCUCAGUCUUCGGCCUGUUCAUCCCAGCUUGCAGUUGCCGAGUCCUCCAGCAAAGAAGCCCCCACUUUCGCUUUCUUUUCCCCUCUUCUCGCAGAUUCUCUCGAGCCUCCGAUUGUUUGGACAGGCUAUUUCCGGGGUCUCUGUGUCAGACCUCAAACUGGAGCUGACGGUCUGUGUCCCCCCCCCCACGGCACCCCCUCUUCCUGCUCUUUGUUCUUUGCUCCUGCUGCAGCUUGGCUGCUCCUCCCCUGCUUCACAUUCCAACCGAAUCACAUCUCUUGCGUUCUCAGGCUCUGUCAGCGGAGGCACAAGAGGCUUGAGAUUCACAGAGCUGACACCCUGUAAUUUUGUCCGUGCCUAAGCCUCCAUGGAGAUACUGUGGUACAACCUAGGUGCAAAUUUCAACAUAAGUACACAAAGCCAACAAAGAGACUCAGAGGUUUAUAGUGGCACCAGCUUUCCUGGUCAAGAGUCCACUAAGUACCACAGAAGCUUAGGCAAUAAUACAUUUAUCAGCCUUUAAGGGCUGCAAAAGAUGAAUAAACAGAAGCGUAGUUCAUCUAUGGAAUCUAUCCUACAGGAGACAGUGAUGGCCAGCAACAUGGAUAGCUUGAAGAAAAGGAUAAGACUGACGUCUCUGCUCUGCCCUCGUGGUCCAGGCAAUAAUGCUUCUUGAUACUAGUUUCUGGAAAGCACAGGAAGGCAGAGAAGACUCUUGUGCUCCAAUCCUGCUUGCCGGUUUCCCACAGGCAUCUGGUUGGCCUCUGUGAGAAGAGGAUGCUGGACUAGGUGGGCCUUUGCCUGAUCCAGCAGGCUCUUCUUAGGUUCCAAUACAUUGCAAUAUUUCUACAGUUACAUGUAGCACUUAAGUUUUAUUUAUUUCACAAGGGAGAUACCGUUACUUUACCCUGAGAUCAUUUCUUCACUUCAGAAAGUAAAAAUAGAUGUGUCUAAAAAGCCAAUUCCACCAUAGAUCUGUAUUAUAAAAUGAUGGUGCUUUGCCAAGUGUGAAUGGAGUGAUCAUGUGUUGCUCUUGCCAUUAUCUCAUAUUAAUUCCUAAAAAUUUGAAACCUAGAGAGGACAGUGGAGAAUGGAGACAGUGUUAAAAUGAGAGAAGGUGCAGACUGGGAUUGACAUGUGUGCAGUUCCCUUUUUGUCUUUCUUGAAAGUCUAACAGGAUUCUCUUUCCUCCCAGACUCCCAAACAGGUGAGGAAGAUGAAAGUCAGAAUUCUAUGGAGCCACAUGUGAAUUUAUUGGGAAGAAGAAAGAAACUGAGGAUACAACAACAAACUCACAAAGGAGAGAAACUAUUUGAAUGUAUGGAAUGUGGAAAGGGCUUCAGUGAAAGUGGAAAACUUAGAAUAUAUCAACGAACUAAUACGGGGGAGAAAAGAUUUGAAUGUUUUGAAUGUGGAAAGAGCUUCAAUGACCGUCAAACACUUAGAAUACACCAACGAACUCACAUGGGGGAGAAACCAUUUAAAUGUAUUGAAUGUGGAAAGACCUUCAGUCAAUAUGGAGUCCUUAGAAUACAUCAACGAACUCACACAGGGGAGAAACCAUUUAAACGUAUUGAAUGUGGAAAGAGUUUCAGUCAAUAUGGAGUCCUUAGAAGACAUCAACGAACUCACACUGGGGAGAAACCAUUUAAAUGUAUUGAAUGUGGAAAGAGCUUCAGGCAAUAUGAAGUCCUUAGAAGACAUCAACGAACUCACACUGGGGAGAAACCAUUUAAAUGUAUUGAAUGUGGAAAAAGCUUCGGUAAGAAUGGAGCACUUAGAGUACACCAACGAACUCACACAGGGGAGAAACCAUUUAAAUGUAUUGAAUGUGGAAAGAGUUUCAGCGAAAGUGGAGCACUUAGAAUACAUCAACGAACUCACACAGGUGAGAAACCAUUUAAAUGUAUUGAAUGUGGAAAGAGCUUCAGUCAAAGUGGGGCACUUAGAAUACAUCAACGAACUCACACAGGGGAGAAACCAUUUAAAUGUAUCGAAUGUGGAAAGAACUUCAGUCAUAGUGGAGCACUUAGAAUACAUCAACGAACUCACACAGGGGAGAAACCAUUUAAAUGUAUCGAAUGUGGAAAAAGCUUCAGUGAAAGUGAGAAACUUAGAAUACAUCAAUGA